CUACGAACUCCGUCAAUCCGGCCUUCCUGCCUAAUAUGGCGAGCACUCAGAAUGCAGUCCACGGCGAUCUGCCAACCGAAAUUCUACAAGCUCUUUCAGUGAAAGAGCCAUUACUGUCAUCGGAGGCUUUCCCUUCACAAAAGUCGGCGGAUGUCAAGAGUGCAUUAGAUCGACUGGGCUCCCGUUCUAUGAUCACAUAUGAAACGAUCGACCGAGAAGAAGCUGUAUUGGAGCCCGAGGCGCUAGAAAUUGCUGCCAAUGGAAGUCAUGAAGCGCGAGUGUUCGAGGCGCUGCGAAAGGCCAUGGAUGGGCUCACAAUUGCAGAGCUGGAAGCUGCUGUUGGAGACAAGAACGUUGCGAAGCUGGGCCAGGGGAAGGCUUUCAAAUCAAAAUGGAUAGCCAAGGGCAAGGAGGGCCGGCUUGUAGCAUCUACGGAUUCAAUACAAGAUAUCACACGAGAACAACUUUUGGUUAUCCAAAAGACACAUACCCACCCAGAUCCCAACGUCAUUAAAGAUCUGAAGAAACGAAAGCUGGUCAAGAUGCAAAAGGUCAUAAGUUUCAAAAUACAGAAGGGCCCUAAGUUCGCUCUGGAAAUCGUCAAAGAAGAGACAGACUUGACACCGGAGAUGCUCGAGUCUGGUGCGUGGAAGACAGCCACCUUCAAGAAAUACAACUUCAAGUCGCUCGGUGUAGAUCAGCACGCAGGAGCUUUACACCCACUGAACAAGGUUCGGCACGAGUUCCGCCAAAUCUUCUUCGAAAUGGGUUUUGAGGAGAUGCCUACCAACCGCUUUGUCGAGACUGGUUUCUGGAACUUUGAUGCUCUUUUUGUCCCGCAACAACAUCCCGCUCGUGACUUGCAAGACACCUUCUACAUUUCAGAUCCUAAGACUGCGGACAAGCCUCAUGCCGAAUCAGAAGAUGACAAGGCCGAUUAUGAAACCUACUGGAAAAAUGUACGGGACGUACAUCAGGAGGGUAAGUAUGGAUCAAUUGGCUACCGGUACCCGUGGGCUGAAGACGAGUCCCUACGGUUGGUACUUCGAACGCACACGACAGCCAUCUCAUCAGCAAUGCUUUAUAAACUCGCCCAACUAAAAGGCCCUGAUGGCAAGCCACCUCCAGCUCGAUACUUCUCAAUUGACCGUGUUUUCCGUAAUGAGACUGUCGAUGCAACACAUCUUGCGGAGUUCCAUCAAGUUGAGGGCGUCAUUGCAGAUUACGGAUUAUCACUUGGUGGACUGAUGGAGUUCAUGGAGAUCUUCUUUAACAAGAUGGGAAUCCAUGACUUGCGUUUCAAGCCUGCAUAUAACCCGUACACCGAGCCAAGUAUGGAGAUUUUCAGCUACCACAAGGGAUUGAACAAACUUGUCGAGAUUGGAAACAGCGGUAUGUUCAGACCAGAGAUGCUGGAGGCCAUGGGACUGCCCAAGGAUUUGCGUGUUUUUGGAUGGGGAUUGAGUUUGGAGCGCCCAACUAUGAUCAAGUACAAGGUAAGCAUCACUGCGAAGAGCCCUGAGACGUGA